CCUUAACGCGCACCCAUUCAUUUUGGAUCAUUCACAUUCAGUUCACGCACUCAGAGAGAGUGAAAAGGGUGCGAGAGUGGGGAGAGUGAAGAAAAAGAAACCCAAGAGAGAACUUCGGUGUGAAGAGAAUUUAUCGGCACAGCGCGAUUGUUGGUUUGGAGAGGUGAAUGAGAUCAGGCUACGCCUAGGUAUCCGGGCUCCCUCCAUCUUUCUUCGGGCUGUGUGUAUCAGGUGUUGAGAUUGCAGUGAACAGGACCUACACUGUGAAUGAGGAGGAGAAGUGAUGCCACAAGACGACAGCUGUUGCAGAAUUUGCAGCAGGGGCUACUACAGCUGCCGCUGGAAGCACUUGAGUGAAAAUAACAGAAAAUGUGCAUGCUGUUGGUUCUCGGUUGUCACCGUGGUCUCCCUGCUUUCCCUGUGCUGGAUAUACAUUUGUCUUGUUACUUUUAAUGACCAAGACGACGUUAACUGGCACAGCUUCACAAAACUGAAAUGGUGGGUGAACUGGUUCAUGGUGCUGAUCAUCAUUUCUGCAGUGUUAACCAGCUACUGCGUUCUGCUGCUGCUCUUUGCACUGUUCCAAGUUGCCUUAGGAGAAUCACUCGACUUACAUUGGCUACACAAGAUCUUCUUAUUUUUGGUGUGACAUUAAUCGCUUGUGGGGUCGCAGGAAUUAGUUGCAUGUGGGAGAAGGAAUGGCCAACUGUUCUCCUCUCACUCCAGGCCACAGCUCCUUUCUUGCAGUUUGGUGCUGUCGGUGCAUUGACCCUGCUGAGUCCUUUCAUCUUGCGGGGCUUCCACACGGCCAUGGAAAAAUGGUCCAAGUUCCUGAUGGCAGUGGUAUUUGUAGCUAUGUCGGCAGCCAUCUUCGUGUGUCCCCUGUUCAUCAGUUCUCCUUGUCUGAUAAAGCGUACUGAAUUACCUGAAAAGCCAAAGCUCAUUGGCCACCGAGGCGCACCGAUG